AUGAACAUUUGGAGCGUCACACUCGCCAAGUCCAACGCCCUUGACCAAGGCAUCGCCUCUCUUGGCCAAACCCGGCCCUGCAUCAACAACUUGCAGGUUCUUGUUGACCUGAAGAGCCAUCCAGCACUGAAGCAGCCGGGCGCUUCCAUACCACUUGACAAUGAAGUUGACUACCUGGCCGCUAAGGAGUGGUGUCACCGUCAGGAGGUGCGAAAAGCACAUGCAAAGCUGGGCCAGGACAAUGGUACGGAUGACAUCCCUCAGACUCAGAGGGAUCAGAAGAAGCUCGCCAACAACUUGAGUUUGGCUGCCAUGAACGAAGUGGAGAUGGUCGACCUCGAAUACCACGGGAAGGAGAACAAGAAGAAGCUCAACUACAUUGUCCAGCGGAAGCGAGAGUUGUCUGCUCUUGACGUGGCCUUGUUCGGUUGGGAGGCAUCGCUGGCCUUGAGAGACGGGCACCUCGGUCUAUCCAGAGGAUCAUCCGCGACCACCCGUUUGGAUAUCGAAGCGUACCAAACUCAUAAAGAGCGAAGCGACAUCCUAACGAAGCUAUUUCACGUCUCCAAAGCGUCGGUGAUGAACACAUAUUCAUUGCCACACCUCGCUCGCUUCGCGUGUAACCCCAAGGCGGAACUUCAGAACGUUCCUGAAGGGGUGGACCUGAUCCCUGACGACCAAUCUGGCACCAAUGCCGAGGGUAAUGCCGAUGCCUGUCAGGGAAAGAAGCGGCCGAGAAAUGACGACGACAGCAGCAACGAUGACGAUAAUAAUGUUCAGCAUCAGUCGCGUAAGGCACGCUUGCAACAAGGGUCAAUAACGCAUCAGACCGACAUUUCACAGCAACAAGAUUUCGAACAGCCAACCAUCUUACAACAGGCGGAUUUUGCGCAGCAAGGACAACUUGACUCCCUCUACAUGGAUCCAGCCAUGCUAGCAUUGCCACAGGAAGAGCAAUUCAAUGUGGAGCCAGCUACGGAGACACCUGCCCCCUCAGUCUCCAAUGUCGAGGAAAAUGCCACUCAAGAGCAUGGAGUAAAUCGGAACCCAAGUGAGGAGGAAUUGAUAUGGUUCAGGGACAAUGUUCUGUUGGGAGGACAGCCUUUUCCACCUCGGGACGACAGAUCUGCUGCUUCUAGGUCGCAGCGUCGGGACCCUUGA